CAUGACUCCUUCUCAAAAAAAAAAAUUAAUACACACAAAAUACACAACACACACACACUCCGUGAUACCCAGAAAAUCGAGUUCCAAGCACGCACGCCGGUGGUGCCUCAGCUUCCCCCCCCCGUGCUGACCGCACCCAAAGCACCUGCCAGGCUGCGAGGCACAGUGGACGCCCCGGCGCUCCCCGUGUCCCCAGCACCAGGCAGACGGGGAUCCACGUGUCUUCCAACUCCCUUAGGCUUCCGGGAUGGGGCUGGGAGGCCCGGAUGUCGCUCUGGGUCCAGGACGCAGGGUUCCGGACUGGGAGGCCCGGAUGUCGCACCGGGUCCCGGGACGCAGAGUUCCGGGCUGGGGCUGGGAGGCCCGGAUGUACCUCCUUGUCCUGGGACGCAGGGUUCCGGGCUGGGGCUGGGAGGUCCGGAUGUACCUCCUUGUCCUGGGACGCAGGGUUCCGGGCUGGGGCUGGGAGGCCCGGAUGUCGCUCCGGGUUCCAGACUGGGAGGUCCGGAUGUCGCUCCGGGUUCUGGGACGCAGGGUUCCAGGCUGGGAGGCCCGGAUGUCGCUCUGGGUCCCGAGACGGAGGGUUCCGGGCUGGGGCUGGGAGGCCCGGAUGUCGCUCCGGGUUCCAGACUGGGAGGUCCGGAUGUCGCUCCGGGUUCUGGGACGCAGGGUUCCAGGCUGGGAGGCCCGGAUGUCGCUCUGGGUCCCGAGACGGAGGGUUCCGGGCUGGGGCUGGGAGGCUCCGACGUCGCUCCGGGUUCCGGGACGCAGGGUUCCAGGCUGGGAGGCCCGGAUGUCGCUCUGGGUCCCGAGACACAGGGUUCCGGGCUGGGAGGUCCGGAUGUCGCUCCGGGUCCUGGGACGGAGGGUUCCGGGCUGGGGCUGGGAGGCCCGGAUGUCACUCCGGGUCCCUGGACUUAGGGUUCCAGGCUGAGGAUGGAAGGCCCGGAUGUCCCUCCUUCUCCCGGGACGCAGGGCUCCGGGCUGGGGCUGGGAGGCCCGGAUGUCCCUCCUUGUCCCGGGACGCAGGGUUCCGGGAUGGGAGGUCCGGAUGUCGCUCCGGGCUCCAGGUUGGGGCUGGGAGGCCCGGAUGUACUUCCUUGUCCUGGGACGCAGAGUUCCGGUCUAGGAGGUCCGGAUGUUGUUCCGGGUCCCAGGACGCAGAGUUCCGGGAUGGGAGGCCCGGAUGUACCUCCUUGUCCUGGGACGCAAAGUUCCGGGCUGGGGCUGGGAGGUCCGGAUGUCGCUCCGGGUUCCAGGCUGGGGACGGGAGGCCCGGACGUCGCUCCGGGUCCCAGGACGCAGGGUUCCAGGCUGGGAGGUCCGGACGUCGCUCCAGGUCCCGAGACACAGGGUCCGGGCUGUGAGAGUGCGACCAGGAGGAGGGCGCGAGCUCGCGUGCCUGGCGGACGUCGCUGCUGAUCGCGCUGGGGACGCUGCUGGCCUUGCUCUGUGUGUUCCUCCUCUGCAGAA